ACCAUAUAUAUUAGGCCUGGCACAACUUUUAUAACAUAUUGAAAUAAAAUUACCUCAAACUAUGAUUUUUUCGUGGCAAAAGCUUCGUUUUAUACUGGCGGUCGUUCUGCUGUACGCCCUGCACUGGAGUGCCAGCUUGAGGGAGACCCUGCUACCGGGUGGGGAUAGCUACAGCCUGCCAGCGUUGGAUAUGUGUCGCCUGGACUUCACCCACUGCUACUCCAUUUGCUGGCUGCUGUUCCACCUGACGCCUUGCCCUUUCAUGUCGCUGCUGGUGAUCGUCCUGUUAACAGGAUUCUUCUACUACACGCUUUUACUCGCAUGCGGAUAUGUCGUUUGCUCCCGACAUCAUAAAUGGCGCAGCUACCGAAGAGCUUUAAGCACUGUGGAGUGUUUGUUGAUGGACAUGCAGCUGGAGGGGGAAACUGGCGCGCCACAAGAGGCUAUAGAGCCACCUCCAGCUCAGCCGGAGACCCCGCCUCGCAGAAAAAGACGACAGGCACCACAGCCUCCAGCCGCGAGUCCCCAUCCCUGUCAAAAUAAUCCGUUUGGGUCGACAACGACCCCGCAGUGCUUCACAGAAACACCGGAUCCCGAUAUUUACAGGACCAUGCGGCAGAAUUUGCAACGAGCCUUGGAUGGAUUACAGAAACCCCUGCCUUUGCCAGCUCCAUUUCUGCUGCCGUUGCCGAUGCCAGAACCGCUUCCCUUACCGACAUUCCUUCCCCAAUUGGAUGAGCCACUCGCAGUGUCCCAAUCUGGGUGCUCGGUGGCUCAGGAAAAGCUAAAAUCCCGUCCCAAGCUGCUGCGUGGAAUUUUGAAGCGGCUUGGCAUAAGUUCAAAGAAGAGUCAACGGGACAAGGACUCAAGCAGCAGCAGCCCUAUCCGGCCACUCUGGCAGAGACUGAGAUCUCGAAUGAGUCUCACGGUUGCAGCUGAUACUCCGGCCAACUCAUCCAGGUCGUCCACAACCGAUGAGCUCCUGUACAUGUAUCCCCAUGAAGUGCGACAAAGAAUGAGGUGGAAGAACAGCUACACAUAGCCAAGACCUAAGCUUCUUCCUGGCCAGCGUGACCCUGACGCACAUAUACAAUCCACUCUAUUCGAAUCUUUUU